AUGACCCUGCGGAAACUCAAAGUUAGAAAAGAACUAGAAGAAGCGGCUAAGGGACAUUUUGAACGCAAUGUAACACGAGAUAACGAGGGGCGCUAUGUUGUCAGUCUACCGUGGAUACAUGAUCAUCCUCCUCUUCCUGAUGGCAGAAAGAUAGCUGAACGAAGACUUAACAGUUGUAUUAAAGCCUUAGAACGUGCCGAAAAGCUGGCCGAUUAUGAUGAUGUUUUUCAGGAUUGGCAGAGUGAGGGUAUUAUUGAAGAAGUUGAUCCUAUGCAAGAAAUCAAGGAAGGACAGCAUUUCUUACCUCACCAUCCUGUCUUCAAGGAGAAUUCGACGACCAAAGUUCGACCUGUUUUUGAUGGUUCAGCUAAAGAAAAGAAUACACCUUCUAUUAAUGACUGCCUCGAAAAGGGACCAAAUCUUGUAGAACUCAUUCCAUCUCUUAUAUAUCGCUUUCGUGUUGGAAAAUAUGGAGUGAUAUCUGGCAUCAAGAAGGCCUUUCUGCAAAUUGGAUUACAAGAACGAGAUAGACCAUAUCUCAGAUUUUUAUGGAAGGAUAGAAGAAAAGACGGAAAUAUCAAGAUCCUGCAGCACAAAAGAGUUGUGUUCGGAAUCUCCUCCAGUCCUUUCCUUCUAGGAGCUACAUUAGAACUUCAUUUAAAAAACGCCCCAGAUCAUCUCAAGGAAACAGCCCAGCAACUUAUGAGGUCCUUCUACGUUGAUAAUUGUGUUUUCAGCAUCAACAGAAAAGAAGAACUUGCUAGAUUUAUUUCGGAAUCACAAGCACUAUUAUCUACUGCCAAGUUUGAACUUCGAGGGUGGGAGCAUUCUCCUACUGAAGACAAAACUGAAGAAAGGCAAGAAGACCGAAAGGUUCCAGUUCUUGGGCUUCUGUGGAAUUUACCAAAGGGCACUAUAUCUCUAGAUUUGAAAAGUUUGAUGAAAGAAGAUAAAGGACCUAUUACAAAAAGAAAAAUCCUGUCAACCGUUCAUCGAAUCUUUGAUCCGAUAGGAUUUUCUUGUCCAGUGACUCUAGAGCCCAAAUCUUUGUUGCAGGAAUGCUGGAAAUUGGGGCUGUCCUGGGAUGCUGAACUUCCUCUGCUGAUAACUGAAAGAUUCGAACGCUGGAAGAUGAAGUUACCGAAAUUGAAUGAUCUUGAAAUACCAAGAUGUGUACGUGAGGACUUUGCAGAAGAUUCCAGAUUUUCCAUCCAUGUUUUUUGUGACGCAAGUCAGAGUGCCUACGCUACAUGUAUAUUCUUGAGAGCUGAAUCUGCUGAUAGCACGUCGUGCCAGUUAAUACAAGCUAGAAAUAGAGUUGCUCCUUUGAAAAAGAUCUCUAUUCCACGCCUAGAACUUUUGUCCUGCACUAUUGGAGCUAGAUUGGCAAAAGCAACCAUAUCCGAACUUGGACUUGAGAACAUACCAAUCUUCUACUGGUCUGACUCUAUGAAUGCUUUGUAUUGGAUCAAAAGAAAUGAGAAUUGGGCCACGUUCGUUUACAACAGGGUACUGGAAAUCCGUAAACUCACCAAUCCUGAAGACUGGAGGCACAUAAGUGGAACAUUAAACCCAGCUGACCUUCCAUCACGAGGUUCCAAUGCAGAGGAACUUGUGAAAUCUCUUUGGUGGAAGGGUCCAAAUUGGCUGAAAAUGCCUAUAGAAGAUUGGCCUGUUUCGGAAACUAUGCCAGAUUUCGACGUUGUAAACUCCGAAAAAAGAAAAUCUAUUGUGUCUGUCACUAACACCACGACAGAACAAUUAGAGUACUUUUCUAAGACAUUCCUGGAUUCAGAUGGUUUAUUAAGAGUAAAGACCAAAAUUUCUCAAAGAAGUGAUCUACCGACAUUUAGAUUUCCAAUUUUGCUGCCUUCAAAGCAUGAUGUUAUUGGAAAACUUAUUUUUGAAAAGCAUGUUGAACUUAGUCAUGCUGGGAUACAGAUUUUGAUGUCGAGUUUAAGAGAGAAUUAUUGGAUCUUAAAAAGCAGAAAGACAAUACGUCAAGUAAUAAGGACUUGUGUAAUAUGCCAACGUUUUUCAUCUCGGCCAUUAGAAGUAGCAAGUGCUCCACUACCCGAAGAUCGCGUCAGAGAUGCUUAUGUUUUUGAAGUAGUAGGAGUUGACUUGUGCGGACCACUAUAUUUGAAAAACAAAAGCAAAUGUUGGGCUGUACUUUUUACAUGCGCAGUUUAUCGCGCAGUCCACAUCGAGCUGGUAACUAGUUUAUCAACAGAUAGUUUUAUUCUAGCUUUACGAAGGUUUAUUUCUAGAAGAGGAAGACCAGCUACAAUUUAUUCAGAUAAUGGAACCAACUUAGUGGGUACUUCUAAUGAGCUGAAAUCUGUUGAUUGGGUGAAAAUACAAGAAUAUGCCUCAGUAAAGAAAAUCCUAUGGAAAUUCAACCCCCCAUCAGCCCCAUGGUGGGGCGGAUUUUGGGAAAGGCUUAUAGGUAUGUUGAAAUCUAUCUUAAGAAAAAUUCUUAGAAAGGCCUCCUUACAAUUUGAAGAAUUGUACACUGUACUAUGUGAUGCUGAGGGCAUUAUAAAUUCAAGACCUUUGACAUACUUAAGUGAAGACAAUGAGGACCUUAUAGCAUUAACACCUGCUAUGUUUUUGCAAGAUGUAAAAAAAAUAGGAGUUCCAGAUAUAGAUCAAAUAGAUGCUAAGAGAAUGAAUAAAAGAUUCUUCUACAGGCAAAAAUUAUGUCAAGAUCUCAGAAAGCGUUUCAGAAUCGAAUAUCUUGCACGUCUUAGAGAAUUUUCAAAGAUUCGUAAUGAAUCUAAAAUUAAAGAAGGAGACAUUGUUCUCAUCGGUGAUAACAAGAAAGUUCGUCUCGUGGAAGUCCAGACCAAAUCUGGGUCUUUCCUACGUCCAAUCCAGAGACUUUUUCCUCUUGAGAUCAGCCAAAGUGAAAAAUCUGCUAUCCCAUCUCUCCCAAAGAGUGAUUUUCCGUCCACAACGAUGAUUCCUGAUGGUACACCUAACUCUAGUGACUCUCAUGCUGUUCCAGAUGUGAGACAACCAACAAGAUUCCGUUAUGGCCGGCUUUUAAAGCCCAAUGUUCUCCUGGACUCAUUUGUUUGA